AACGAUACUUUAAAAGCUUAUAAAUUCACCUAGUAAUGAAAUCAAAUGCAUACCACCAACCUGUGAAUCAAUUUUGCAUUGGAAGUUUUAGAAGUGAGAAGAAAAUGAAGCUAUUUUAUUUCUUCAUUUUAUUAUCCUUGAUGAAUUUAUGUGAUGCCUCAAGCAAGAAGAUUCAGGUCAGGAAAACGUUGAGCAGUUCAAAGAAGAUCCCUGUCAAGUCCAUCAAGAGCCCUGAUGGUGAUAUUAUUGAUUGUAUCAACAUUUAUCAUCAACCAGCAUUUAAUCAUCCUUUGCUCAAAAAUCAUACCAUUUUGAUGAGGCCUAGUUUCCAGCCUCGGAAAGGACCAAUUGGUGGGGGUGAACUAUUCCAAUCCAAUGCUCAUGGCCAAGAGGAUAAAAAACCAAUUGCUCAGUUAUGGCAGUUGGGUGGGAGAUGCCCUGAAGGAACUAUUCCUAUUAGAAGAAACCAGAAAGCAAGAUACGCAAAGAAGAAGCACAGAAACUUUCCCCAGCUCGCUGGCUUUUCCAAUCACGAGUAUGCAUAUGCAUCUGUCCAGAGUAACAAGUAUUUGGGAGCAAAGGCAACAAUAAACCUUUGGCAACCCCAGGUUCAGGGCAGUGGUGAAUUUAGCUUGGCUCAAAUAUGGGUUGUUGCAGGUGAUAAUUCAGGUCUAAACACCGUUGAAGCUGGUUGGAUGGUAUAUCCAAGUCACUUUGGAGAUAGCAACACAAGACUUUUCACUUACUGGACCCGUGAUCGCUAUCAAUCCACUGGGUGCUACAACUUGGACUGCCCUGGCUUUGUUCAUACCAGUAAUUCAAUUGCAUUAGAUGUUGCCCUUUCACCAGUUUCUACCUAUCAUGGUGCUCAACAUGAAAUCAUCCUACAAAUCUUUAAGGACCCAAAGCAAAAUGUGUGGUGGCUACAACACGGGAAUGACGAUGUAAUUGGUUAUUGGCCUGCUUCCUUAUUUACAGACCUAGCAGACAGUGCUUCACUAAUUGAAUGGGGUGGAGAGAUAAUAAAUGAUGCUCAAGAUGGGCAACACACCACAACUCAAAUGGGCAGUGGCCAUUUUGCUGAAGAAGGGUAUAAAGGGGCAAGUUACUUCAAGAAUCUUCAAGUAGUUGAUCAAUCCAACACCUUAGUCCCUCCUGGUGAUAUCAAACCUGUAGCUAGAAAGCCGGAUUGCUACAACAUAGUACCUGGAAAGAGUGAUGAUGCGGGAGAUUACUUUUACUUUGGUGGACCAGGAAGAAAUCCUAAGUGUCCAUGAACAAAAGAUGCAGAAAUCUUGAUAUGCGAGAGGCAGAAUCUUGAUAUGCAUUUGAUCAUCUGAAUACAGAAAUUGAUUACAUUUCUUUAGGCAUUAAA